GAUGUCGAGGUCAUAGUUUGUUGUUCUUUUACCUUUUGUCGUGUAUAGGAAUUUAGCCAUUUUCUCCGGCAAUGAGAGCUUCGCUAGAGGUGCUCGUCUAACUUUUCGUUGAAGAUGGCGAUGGAAAAGCUUGCGGUGAUUAAAGAUACCCACAAUAAAACGAUCACAGCGCUAUCGUACAAUCCGAUGAAACAUGAGAUUCUUGUGGGAUUUGAAGAUGGAGUGAUCAAAGUGUGGGACUACUCCACCGGUGAGCCUGGGAAAAUUAUUCGUUCUGUUCGUGAACAUGAUGGCUGGGUUACAAGCUUUUUAUUCUGGUCAUCACAAAAAAUUGGACAUGUAAUAGACACAAAGGCCUAUGUCUGUAAGGAACAUUCAGAUCUUGUGAAAUGUGUAGUUUGUCACGAAUCAAGAGUUUACAGUGGAGGGUAUGACCAGAAGUUAGUUGUUUACGAUUCCACUUUUUCAUACAAAGGAAACAAGAGUUUAUCAGUUGUAACAAAGGUUAACAAAGCACAUGAUGCAGGAAUAAUCUGCAUGUGCCUGGCACGAGACUCAGACAACAAUACAUGGGUGUUAAGUGGUGCUUUUGAUAAAGUUGUUAAAGUUUGGUCUCAAGAUGGACAAGUCAUGCAUAAAUUUGAUGGAUUCAGUACUGCAGUUACUGGAGUCUGUUAUGUUAGACCAAUCAAGACUAUCUGGGCAGCAGCAGGCACUGCUGAAGCUGCUAUGUAUGAUCCAAAAUCAGGAGAAAAUGUGACAGAUUUCAUAGGAACGUUUCAAGAUGAGGAAAGUAAUGGUUUUCCUCUGGUGUUAUUUCACUAUAUCUCUGACUUAGGACACGUAAUAGGAACAAACAGCAGGCGACAUCUGAUUGUGUGGAAAUACAAUUCAUCUGGAUGUUUAACAACACUAAAGAACAAGUGUGCAAUGGAGUCUCUUACUUACACUCGGAAAGUUCCUCUUUUGAUAUUCAGUGGAGGUAGUAAUGGUCACGUGUCUAAGUGGGAACGACUUCAGUCAAACAAUUUCAUGUAUAGCAAAGAGAUGUUCUUACAGAGUGAAGCCAAGUCUCGCUUAGCAGCUCAGAUCGCGGCCAAGUUCGAUUGGCGCAGUCCAAACAGGAGUGCUAGUGGUGAAAACAGGCCGAGACCUUCCUUCCUAAAUACUAUAAACCAGAUGUCGUCUGCUUCUGAACACACCAGCAACAUUUCCCUGUUGAGAUCCGUUUUUGUGGAGAACCUUGAUUUAUUAGUAGUGGCAUCAGAAGACAAUAAUAUUUAUGUGUGGGGCUUUGACGAGGACGCUGUCAAGGUUCUGGAAAACAUGAGACCUGCAGACGAAAAUCUUAUUUACAAAUACGCAAUUCUGCUCGGUGAAAAGGCCUUCAAGCCUGUGAAAAAAGAUUUAGAGGGCUCUAAGGAGCACGAUUCAGUAACCAAUAGGGUGGCAGGAUUCAUUUGUAAACACGUGUUCACAGAACAUUCCAGCUGUGUAACCGGGCUGGCUGUUGUGGGGAGAGAGGCUGGGUACAAUACAACAUACUUGCUUAGUGCUGGCUGGGAUCGACGGAUCUUCUUGUGGGACCUGGAAGCAUCAUGUUUUCACGACACAUUCCGCAACACUGAUCCCAGCGCCCUUGAGAGCGAUGAGCUGGCCUCUGAUGGUAUCAUUAUGGACCUAACCUAUAGCGCUGAAAGAAAUGAGUUCGCUUAUGCUUCGUCUGACAAGUUGGUGUACAUUAGACAGUUCUCUGACCGCGGUGCAGAAAUGACUUUGUCAGCGGUGUUACAGGGCCACGAGGCCGAAGUUACACAGGUUCGCUGGAAUGCUGUGUUGAGCAAAUGGAUCACGGGCUCAGAAGAUGGAACUAUUCGUAUCUGGAGAGGAGAUGGAAUGGGGUGCGAUGUGGUGCUCACUGCUCAAGGAGCUGUUUCAGCUCUGUGUAUUGAUCAAGUGAACGGCUGUAUUGUGGCUGGAGUCCAAGAAAUCAUCAGGGUUUAUGAUCCAGACACACGCAAGAUUGUGCAGAAGAAUCUUGGACACACCGAUUCUGUGCGAUGUAUUAUUCAUAUUCCUGAGAGGAGUCAGUAUAUUUCCGCUUCUUGGGACAAAACUGUAAGGAUAUGGAACGCAUACAAGAAAACUCGCAAAAAGCCUGCGAAAGAGAUGACAGACUUUCCUGACUCAAGCAGUGGUAGUUUUUAGUGUUAUCUGAAUGUGGUGAAGAACAAUCCGAGUAAGCCUCCUUUGAGUUCACGUCAACUGGACAGUCCAAUUUCUUUUCCAUAAAUUGUUUCUUACAUUAACUGUGUGCGUCCGGACUCAUCUUGUCAGCCUUGUCUUUGAACGCUGGAUAUAGUGUCACGCUGUUUAAGUGUCACGCAAUACUUUUUUGAUCUGACGAUGUAAUGUAUCGCGAAGACUUGUGUUAGGCAAAUGUUUAAAAUAUCUCUUCCUUUGUAUACGUAACGCCGUAAGAGUGGACUGAGAGAAAAGGUGUAUAAAAUUUUCAUAUAUUUCCAUGUAUAAAAUUAAGAAAAAAUUUAAUGAUAUAUACAUAUA